AAUAUAAAUCAAUGACCAAUAAAUUAAUUGAUUGGCUUGCAACAGAUUUGCUGCCAUUUACAAUUGUGGAAAGUCCUCAUUUCAAUAAAUUCAUAAAUUUAUUAAAUGGUCAUUAUAAACCACCAUCUCGUCAAACCGUCAAAAAAUUAAUAAUUAAGAAAUUUAAUAUUAAAAGAAAUAAUCUAAAAUAUGACAUUGAAAAAAUACCUGGAAAAGUUGCAUUUAUAACUGAUAUAUGGAGCA